CUCUUCCUCCUCCACCAAUAUGCACUUCGAGGACCUGCUGUCAGUCAUCGGAUCCUUUGGGUUGUAUCAGCGUCUAUUGUGUUUCCUGCUGAUACCACUCACCACAGGGGUCGUUGCCUUCACCUUCUACACGCAGCUCUUCGUGUUGACGGCGCCUCUUCACACCUGUAACCAGAGACCUCAUGAAGGAAGAGACCAAGAGUUAUAUAACCAUCUUGUUCCUCUGCUCAAUAAGACGCCCUUUGACUCGGACUCCAGGAAGCCUUACGCUUGUCACCAGUUUGACCUUAAUGUGACCCAGUCUUACUUGGCCGAUCAUGACGUCAUGAACGUGACCUCGCUGGAGCAACUGCCCGAACCUAUCGCAGCCUGUGUCGACGGUUGGAAGUAUGAGUUCGAUCGCAUGUUCUCAUCUUACACCUCAGAGCACAACUGGGUGUGUGAGGACGCCUGGCGACCCUACAUAGUGGUAACGAUGUUCUGGACUGGCAACACUGUCGACUCUUGGCUCUGGGGCGUCGCUUCUGAUAUGUGAGUCUCUCUUCCAGGUUAUGUCAGUUCAGUGUAAGUUAAUUCAUGUCAGUCCCAAAUAUAUCAAGUCAGCACGAGUCAUGUCGGGUCAACACAGGUUAUGCCAGGACAGUAUAGGUCAUCUAAUAUGAACAAAAAUCAUGUCAGGUCAGCUCAAAUCAUGUCACUUGAGGUCAACACAAGCCACUCUAGAUCAUCACAGACCAUACGAGAAUAAGAUAAAGACACACUAGGUGCUAGGACAACAUAGCUCACCAUAGGUAGGUAAUGGGUCAUCACAGGUAAAAGAGCCAUAACCCCGACAGGUGUGGAGUACUGGUGUAGUAUAU